UCCCCUCACAAGCAACAACGAACGACACGCGAGUCGGCGGCGACAACAAAUCGAAAAUCGAACGGGAGAAAUUCUCUCUGAUUCUCUCUCGCGGGCGGCGGAAGCAAUCGUAGUUAGCAGAGGCCGGCGAGCGAGCCGCCACCGGCGAUGGGCGACAGCCAGUACUCCUUCUCCCUCACCACCUUCAGCCCGUCGGGGAAGCUGGUGCAGAUCGAGCACGCGCUGACGGCGGUCGGGUCCGGCCAGACCUCCCUCGGGAUCAAAGCUGCUAAUGGAGUAGUUAUUGCCACCGAGAAGAAGUUGCCUUCUAUUUUAGUGGAUGAAACAUCUGUGCAAAAGAUUCAGUCGUUGACUCCAAAUAUUGGUGUUGUCUACAGUGGCAUGGGGCCAGACUUCCGUGUUUUAGUGAGGAAAAGUCGAAAGCAAGCACAACAGUAUUAUCGUCUGUACAAGGAAACUAUACCUGUUACACAGCUAGUCCGAGAAACUGCUGCUGUCAUGCAGGAGUUUACACAAUCUGGUGGUGUAAGACCAUUUGGUGUAUCUUUGUUGAUUGCUGGGUAUGAUGACAAUGGUCCCCAAUUGUACCAGGUUGAUCCAUCAGGGUCAUACUUCUCCUGGAAAGCAUCAGCUAUGGGGAAAAAUGUGUCAAAUGCAAAGACAUUUCUUGAGAAAAGAUACACAGAAGAUAUGGAGCUUGACGAUGCCAUUCAUACUGCUAUUUUAACUCUGAAAGAAGGAUAUGAAGGACAAAUCUCCGCCAACAACAUUGAAAUUGGGAUAAUCCGAUCUGACCGUGAAUUCAAGGUUCUGAGCCCUGCAGAGAUCAAGGAUUUCUUGGAAGAGGUGGAAUAAUUUGUCUCAACAAUCUCAUGUUUCAAACCAGUGGACACCUGAGCAGCUGCCUCGAAGUUAUAUCCCCUUUCAUUCAUGAACUGAUUGGCACCAGUGACACGAGACAAAUGUUUAUUCAGAUUCUCAUGAAUGAAAAUGUGUUUUUAGGAACGUAUUUGAUUUGGCACGGUGUCUUCUGUAUCCUCUUGUGCCCAUCCUAGUCUCCUCGGCCAGUGCUACAACUAUUUGGCGUCUCCUUACUUUUGUAGUCUGUUUUACUUCUUGCCAAAUGAAGCACAUGCCAUCUUUUGCUCUUGCAAGUGUAGUUUGCUCCCUGGAUUGCUAGGACUUGGAAGCCCACCCAGUUGUUGCAGCUGUUACACUGGUGGUGGUAAAUCGCUGUCUGGUGUACCAUCUGAGCCGUAAUUCUGGACUGCCAUCUCCCAAUCUAACUCAUGUCCUCUUUAAAGCAA